AUGUUCGGUUUCUUCGGGCGGCCGCGGAAUGAGGACAAGACGCCGCCCAAAAAGAACGCAAACAAUCGACCAGCAGCGGCCACCAAGAAACCGCGAACCGCGGGUGCUGACGUGGCACCGGGAGCAGAAGGCGCUUCGGAUGGAACCGAUGUCGGGAGCGUCUUAGGCGAGUUAGGUAUUGCGGUUGAUGACGGAGUCACCGCGGAGACUCUGCGCGCGCAGGCGAAGGAUCAGCGCGCCAAAGCUUCCGCGAUGCGCGAGGCGGGGCUGUACGCGGGCGCGCAGAAGGCGCUGAAAGCCGCUCGCGAGCUUGAGAAGCGCGCCAAGGACAAGGACGACUCCGCCGCAGUCGCCGCCGCAACCGCCGCCGCAACCGCUGCCGCGCUUGCGGGCGCGUCCCGGGAGGCGGAAGAGAUAGCGCAGGAAGCCAUGGCGCGCGGAAACGCGCUUGGCGCAGCGGCUGGCGCGCGCGGGGCGGGAGGGAAACGCGUAGCGGCAGCGAGAUCUCGCGAGGCGGAAGCGGAGGCUCGAUCCGCGGGUGCGGGGAAAGCGGGCGGGGCGGGUAAGUCCGGAGCUGCAAGCGCAAGAGCAGGGGAGCGCAAGGUCGCGGCAGCGGAAGGCGUGAAGGCGGAGCGGAAGGGGCUAGCGCGGUUGAACGCUGGUGGGGACGACGACGGGGAGAUUAUGGCGCAACUGCGCGAUCUGGGUUGGGCGGAACCAGCGGGGGGAGCUGGCGGCGGGGGCCUUUUGGCCGGACUUGAUGACGUGGACGGGGCGGCGGCGGAGCAGGACGAGGUGAGCGCGGCGCGCGAAGCAGCAGAAGCGCAGGUAUUGGACCUAAAGCGCAAGGCGAGGCAACUUAAGGGGCAGGGGCAGGUUCAAGAGGCGCUGGCGGAACUAAGAAAGGCUAAGAAGCUUGAGAAAGAAAUAGAAGACGGUUCGUUCUUAUUAAACCUAGCGGACGGCGCGGAGGGAGGGCAUGAUGACGAGGAGAAACGGCUGCUCGCCAGUCUCGGGCUGACAAGUGUCGAUGACGUGGCACUAGUGGAGGAGACGGAUUUAAGGAUGGGGGGGAUGGGGAGAGGUGGCGGAGGUAUGGGCGGAAGAGGCGGAGGAGCGGAUCUAGACCUGGCGCAGAUUAUGUCUUUAAUCGCUAAUAUAGGAGACGAGGAGGAGGAGGAGGAGUGGGGAGGAACGGGGAUAGAUGGUGUUUCUGGAGGGGGUGGAGGGGGGAGGAGGGGAGGGCGGGGAGGGGGUGACUAUAUGGGAGGUGCUUAUGAUGAUGGGGAGUGUAUGGAUGAACUGAAGGCACUUGGGUGGGAAUCAGAUGAGGAAGGGGAUGAGGGAGAGGGAGGAGGAGAAGGAGAGAAGGGAGGGGAGGAGGAAGAAGAGGAGGUGGAUGUAGCAGCAAUGCACGCAGAGGCGUUGGAUUGGAAGAGGAAAGCGGUGGGCUUUAAGAGAGAGGGGCGGAUGGGAGAGGCGAUGGAGGCUUUAAGGCGCGCCAAGGGCCUAGAGGCGUGGAUAGAGGCGGCUAUCAUGCUGGGCGCGGGAGGGGAUUCCAUGGGCCGUGAUUCUUCUAUGGGGCGUGGUGGUGCUGCUUCUGCUGCAGCAACGGAGGAUGAUCCGGACAUGCUUGCUGCUCUCGCUGCUGCUGGGUGGGUGAGAGAAGAGUCAAGCAAAGCAGAGGAGGAAGAAGGGAAAGAGGCGGCAGAGGUGGAAGCAAGUCCUGCCGCCCAGGAGCCAGAAACUGCCGAGGAACUUGAGGCGGCGGCGCGGGAGUGCAAGCUGGCUGCUGUGGGGCUGAAGCGGGACGGGAGGCUCGGAGAGGCCUUGGAUCAGCUGAAACGAUCCAAAGAGCUGCAGGCUCGGGCAGACCAGGCUCGGGAGGAACAGGCUCGGGUGGAACCGGCUGGGGUGGAACAGGCUUGGAAUGAAAAGCCUGAGGAACAAAAAGUGGUAGCAGCAGGAGCACCAGCAACAACAAGAGCAGCAGCAGCAGCAGCAGCAGCAGCAGCAGCAGUGCCGGCAGCAUUAGCAGAUAUGGAUGAGGGAAUACGAGCAAUUCUCAUGGGUGGUGAUGAUGAUGAUGAGGAAGUGGAUGUUGGUGGGGAUGGUGAUGGGGAUGAGGACGAGGAUGAUCCGGACAUGCUUGCUGCUCUCGCUGCUGCUGGGUGGGUGGGAGAAGAGGCGCGGGAAGCAGGGAAGGAAAAGGAGGAGGCUGCAGAGGAGGAAGCAGCAGAGUCAUUACAUGAAGAGAAGGAGGGGGGAGAAGGCAGGGGAGAUGGAAGGAGAGGAGGAGAUAGGACAGAUGAAAAAGGAGAAGGUUUGCAAAAUGAACAAGGGGAGGAGAAAGUGGAGACAAGCCCUGCCGCCCAGGAGCCGGAAACUGCCGAGGAACUUGAGGCGGCGGCGCGGGAGUGCAAGCUGGCUGCUGUGGGGCUGAAGCGGGAAGGGAGGCUCGGGGAGGCCUUGGAUCAGCUGAAACGAGCCAAAGAACUGCAGGCUCGGGCAGACCAGGCUCGGGUGGAACAGGCUCGGAAUGGAAAGUCUGAGGAAGAAAAUAUCGGAAACUGUGAGAGGACUAGAGAGGUCGUUGGUAGUGGCAGCGGCGUUAGUGGUGGUGGUGGUGCUUCUGCUGCUGCUGAUGAUGCUGGUGGCAGCGGCGGUGGUGGUGGUGGUGACACGAGUCAGUUGGGUGCAGGAGUGGAUAAUGGAAAGCCCAGUUUUGAUGGUGCUAUUGGUGGUACGUUUGGUGGUGCAGAUACGAGCCAGUUGGGAGCUGCAGUGAUUGCUACUAGCAUGGCGCCUGCUGUUGCUGCAUUGCUUGCUGCCAUGCAACAGCAACAGCAGCAGCAGCAGCAGCAGCAGCAGCAGCAGCAGCAGCAGCAGGGAGAACAGGAGCUGUUGAUAGGAACAUCAAGAAGCAGGGAAGUAUCACAGAGUGCAGUUGACACAGCUGAUGCAGUUAAUGAAGUUCUUGCACCUGAUGCAUUCAAGCCCUCUGCAGCAGCAGGAUCAAUGCGCAGCACAGCAGCAGCAGCUACGGAAUCAGCAAGAGAAACAGCCGCAACAGCCGCAACAGCCGCAACAGCAGCAACAGCCGCAACAGCAGCAGCAACAGCAGCAACAGCAGCAACAGCAGCCACAGCAGCAACAGCAGCCACGGGAACUGCACAAAAGGAUGGAGAAGGAAGCGAGGGAGGGGAGAGCAGCAGGGAAGAGAUGGAGGCUGAAUUGCAGGCGUGCAGGAGAAGGGCGGUGGGUUUCAAGAGGGAGGGUAAGCUGGGGGAGGCAUUAUCUGAGCUCAAGAAGGCAAAGGCACUAGAGAAACAGCUGGCAGAGACAGGUGGUGGCAGCGGUGGUAACAGUGAUAACAACAGCAGUAACAGUGGGUUCAGCUGUAACACUGGCCGUAGCACUGCUGCCAGUGCUCCUGCUGCUGCUUCUCCUGCUGCUCCUCCUCCUCCUGCAGCUGCUGCUGCUGCUGCUGCUGCUGCUGCUGCUCCCAAGCCCUUGAAACCUACAGCACCCCAGAGACGACCCGCCCCUCUUCCUCCUCCCUCCUUCAUGUCCUUUGGUCUAGAGGAUGAUGAUGAUGAUGAUAUGGGUAUAUUCGACGAUGCUCUCAUGGCGAACCUCCGUAGCCUCGGACUCGCCGGACCUGCUCCAGGCGGCCGCCAGACCAGCCAGCCUGCUUCGGCCAAACCUGCUCCGGUCAAACCCGCUCCAGCCAAACCUGCGCCUGCUGCCAAGUCAGGUGGUGGGGUGAGUGGGAGUGGGAGUGGGAGUGGGAGUGGGAGUGCGGGUGGGGUUGUGAGUGGGGGAGAAUUACAGUCGCUGGAGCAGCAGGUGAUGGAGCAGAAGAGGCGGGCCGUUGAGCUGAAGAGAGCUGGAGACACGGCGGGGGCCUUGGCUGCUCUCAAGCUCGCCAAACAGCUGCAGGCACAGAUGGGUUGA